AUGUCUACUCAGUACGCCACUGAGCCUAACCCGACUGCAUCGGUCACGCUAAAUACGACCGUUGGCCCAAUCCACAUCGCUCUUUUCGCAAGUCAGGUCCCUCUCACCUGCAAGAACUUCCUUCAGCACUGCAAGGACAACUACUAUGCUGGAACCAUCUUCCAUCGUGUUGCUCCAGGAUUCAUUAUCCAGGGAGGGGAUCCGACCGGUACUGGGUCCGGUGGUACCUCCAUUUACGAAUACCCGGAAUUCGAGUAUGACCCCGAAGCGCGCGACCCGAAUGAGCGAAUAGUUCUCCGAGAUGAGCUGCACAGUCGCCUGCGCUUUAACCGGCGCGGGCUGGUUGGCAUGGCCAAGAGUGAAGAUGGGACAUAUGGUAGUCAGUUCUUCAUCACGCUGGACAAUACUGAGCGGGAGCUGAAUGGGCAAUGUACCAUGUUUGGGCGGUUGGAAGGAGACAGCAUUUUCAAUGUGUUGAAGAUCGCUGAGGCAGAGCGCGUCGAGGGCACCGAGAAGCCUGUAUACCCGGUGAAAGUUACUUCUUGCGAGUUGGGCGAGUUGGGACCAAUGGAAGGCAAGCUAAAAGAUCGGAAAACCGUCUCGACAUCGACAGGUGACAAGCCGGCAGCCAAGAAGAAGAAGAAGAACCCCAAGGCUGCAAAGGUGUUGCUGAGCUUUGGAGAGGACGAAGGCGAAGAGGAGAUGCCCCUGCGCCCAGCAAAGCCGAAGUUCAAUACAAAGCUAGUUGCCGAUGCGCCUGGUGCGACUGGCGACACAAAGCCAGCUACGAAUUCGCAAAAACCAGAACCCAAACAGCAACGAAAGAGACCGCGCUCUCCAUCUCCGAAACGAUCCCCAUCAGCAGAGCGCAAACCACGUCCGAAAACACCUGAACCUCAAGCCCAACUCCCUCUACAAGACCCCGAAUCACCCGAACGAUCACCUACACCCGAAAAAGAAUCAAAACUCUCACGAACAAAUGCCGAAAUCGCGUCCCUGAAGGCUUCUAUGCGUCGAAAUGUUGACACGGGACCUGCCGAUACGGGCCACAAGAAGUCAGCUAUUGAAGCAAUGAUUCCCGAGACUGCGAUUCGAGGUCGGAGGCGCCCUCCACCAGGCUCUACCAAUGGUGUCGCAUCUAUUUCGGGGCCCAGAAAUUCGGCAGAGAAUGAGGCGCUCAAGAUGUUCAAUGCUUUCAAAGCUAAGCUUGAAGGCGCAGAUACACAGUCCUCAGCUCAACCAUCGAAUAAGGAAUCACACACAAACAAGGGCAAGGAAAGGCAAGCCCAGGAUGAUGACGACGACGAAGAGGAACAGCUAUGCGACCUGCACUUCAUCGUGAAUUGCCAAUCUUGCAAGGACUGGGAUGAACCGGAAGCUGCAACAUCGGAUAAUGCGGAGGGCGAAGAAGAAGGAUGGAUGUCCCAUCAGCUUCGAUUUGGAAAGGAUACAUUGGGCAAAGAUCUGAACUGGAAGAAAGACCACCAAGCCGAUGUGGACUCACUCAUGGUGAUUGACCCUCGUGAGAAGGAGAAGGAUCUGGCUGGCAGCAGCAGCAAUGGUCGCAAGAGGGGCUUCCAGCGGGAUCGAGAACGUGAGCGCAAACUGGAGCGAGCGGGAGAUCUUGAAUGGGGUCGGGAGAGGAGGCAAUAA